AUGGUAUCAGUUACUAAUGAAGGCACUCUUACAUCAUCUAAGAGGGCAAUUGGUUGCCUGAAAGGUGGAGGCUUGACGGAGCAGUUCGAGAAGGCAAAGAGGGGAAAGCAACUGAUUGUGGUGGAUUUGAGUGCUUCCUGGUGCCUACCUUCUCGUUCCAUGAGUCCAAUUCUGGCAGCGUUGGUGAAGGAGAUGCCAUAUGUCACAUUCUUGAUGGUGGUUGUUGAUGAAUUGCGUUCUGUUGCUAUGGAUUGUGCAGUUGAGGCAAUGCCAACCUUUUUGUUCUUGAAACGAGGAGUAUUACUCGACAAGGUUGUUGGUGCAAUGUAG